AUGUCAUUAGAAACAAAAGCCAAUGAAUUUUUUUCAAAUAAAUUUCCUCAAAAUUUAAAUAAUAAUUCUAAAAUUUCGAUUCGAUCAAUAAUAGAACCAUUAGCUCCAUAUGAUAAUACAACAUAUACAAAUCUUUCGAGAUUAGUAACAUUCUCAAUUUUGGAUGAAAAUGAAAAUGAAAUUUCUGUUCAAACAAAUAUGAGUCAUCCAAUUGAAAUAAUUAUUCCUCGAGAUCCAAAUAUAAUAAUACCAUCAAUGAUCUUACAAAAUGUUACAUCAAUGAAUUAUACUCCUCAUAAUCAAUUAUUUGAUUUACAUUAUUUGAAUAUUACAAGUUCUCUUUCGAUUUCAAUUCAUUUUGAAAUUCAACCUUUAAAUAUAAGUCUUGCUUAUUUAUUUAUUUAUAAAUUUGAUCAAUUACCUCAGUUAAAUAGUUCAAUUAAUACUAUUGAUGGAUGGACUCUAUUUUGUCCUUUGAAUUUAACAAAUGAAACUUUGUAUACAUAUUUUAUUAAUAAUCAACAAACAUCCGAUCAUCAAUCAAUUAUAUAUGGUUUACGAGAAUUAAAUUCAACAGAAAUGAUGAAUACAUGUUCGAAUACUUCAAUCAGUAGUCUCCCAAUAACAGAUCAACGAUUUAAUUUUACAUCAAAUUAUCAAUUAAGAAUUUAUACAUCAGGUUGUUAUUAUCUUGAUAAAAAUAAUCAAUGGAAAUCGAAUGGAUUAACAGUUGGUUCCUUAACAAAUCAUUAUGAAACUCAAUGUUUUUCAACUCAUUUAACAAGUUUCGCUGGUGGUUUUAUUAUUUUACCUGAAUCAAUUAAUUGGAAUUAUGUAUUUGCUAAUGCUGAUUUUAUAAAAAAUAAAACAAUUUAUUUAACAGUCAUUUGUGUAUCUGUAAUUUAUAUAAUUUUAAUCAUAUAUGCACGUUUUAAAGAUAAAAAAGAUAUUGAAAAAUUAGGAGUUACACCAUUACCUGAUAAUCAUCGAUCAGAUCAAUAUUUUUAUCAGAUUAUUGUUUUUACUGGUCAACGACAAAAUGCUGGAACAAAUUCAAACGUUCAUUUUAUUAUAUAUGGCGAUAAUGAUGAAACACAUAUUCGUACAUUAGCCGAUUCUCAACGAAAAAUUUUGCAACGUGGUGGAAUUGAUUCAUUUAUAAUGGCAGUUCCAAAAUCAUUAGGAUUAUUAAAUUGUAUUCGUAUAUGGCAUGAUAAUACAGGUAAAGGUUCAUCAUCAUCAUGGUUUCUUAAAUAUAUAAUUAUUCGUGAUUUACAAACCAUGGAAAAAUUUUAUUUUAUUUCUCAACGUUGGUUUGCAGUUGAAAAAGAUGAUG